AUGAUAACCGACACGAAUAAGCGUAUCUGGCGAGCCUCAUCUACAGCCUCGGAUUCGGGAUCCACGGCCAACGCCGAAAACGAAACCGUUGGCAGGGAGGGCGAAAAGGCGCUGCUCUUGCAGGUGCUAGAGGAGUUGAAGGAUCUUAAGAACGCAUCGACUAAACAACAGGACCUGAUUUACAAGUUGGAGCGAGAGGUAGUGGAAACGAAGGAGGAGCUGAAACGAGUAACAAAACAGCUGGAGACUACGACGCGCAACGCGAUCACACCUCCAUUCACCGGAAAUAGCCAAGCAUCGUACGCUGACGUGCUACGCACUCCGCCAGACAGUCCAAAGUCCACCGAAGUUCCCACGUCGCCCCACGUAUCGGGGGCACUUUUCUGCACUAUUGAUGUUUCCCGGGUGCCAGUCGAGGAGAGUAACCGUGCCACGCCCGGUGGGAUUCGUACCGCUGUCGAAAACGAAGUUCACGUGGAGAAGGAAUCGCCAACCUGGCGAUGCCGGGCCGUCACGAGAGACGUCAAAGCCCCUCACCGCAUCAGAAUCGUAUGCCGAGACGAAGAAGAACAUAGUAUGAUCAAAGGUAUCGCGGAAAAGAAAUUGCCGCAGGGCGUUCGAGUUUUGAGGGACGAGUAUUACCCGAUUAAGGUCGAUGGGGUAAGCCGCUCCGAAGUGCUAGACGUUGGAGGCAAGGAAUUACCAGGACUAGGGGAAACCCUCAGCAGUGAGAAUGCCACAGAAGUCAUCAAAGCCGUUUGGCUGAGCGACAGAUCCCGUAAGGAACAUGGGCCGGUGGUUGUUUAUCUUAAAAAGGCAGUCGAGGCAGCCAGAUUCUUGCGCGAAGGGUAUUUUUACGCUGGAGGAUUAUCAGGUUCAACAUCUGUUUUCAAACGCCAACAACGGCCCAGCCAGUGUUACAAUUGUCAGGAACUAACGGACCACAAAGCUUUCCAAUGCAAGAAACCGCAGGUGUGUAGAAGGUGUGCCAAGGAGGGCCACCACCACAGCGUUUGCGCUGAGGCUAUUGCGAAAUGUCUCUUGUGCGGCGGUCCGCACGAAUCUUUCGGCGAAAACUGCAGGAGGCUUUACCCGUCUCACGAUGGCUCAGCCUCUACGGAUGAUCCAGCUUAA